AUGGCGGCUGCUGUUGGGCAUCAAAACCAGCUGAGCGUUUCAUCGCAAGAGUUUUCACAGCUGUUCUUUCAUGUAUUUGCAACUGGAAGAUUGCCUCCAGACAGCUGCUACGUGGCGCUCACCGGGACCAUCACGCGUGGAAAGAAGAAAGGUCAGAUGGUGGACAUUCACGUCACGCUCACAGAGAGAGAGCUGCAAGAGAUGGCCAGGUCAAAGGAGCGUCUGGAUGCCGAAUGCGACGCUCACGAGGGGUUGAGCCGCUCGUGCGGUUUUGGGCUUUCUCAGGGUCCCCACGCCGUCCUGUGGAGUCUCUCCUGCCCUCCCGUCAUCUUCGUCCUGUCCUUUAUCACCUCGUUUUACUACGGUACUCUCACUUGGUACAAUAUUUUCCUGGUGUACAAUGAGGAGCGGACGUUCUGCCAUAAAAUCACAGUCUGCCCGUUCCUCAUCAUCUUCUACCCCGGGCUCAUCGUGGCGCUGUCGCUGGGCUUGUACUCGGCCGUGGUUCAGGUGUCCUGGGCCUUCAGCGAAUGGUGGCUGUCGGUCAGGGAUCUGGAGAAGGGUCUCUGCGGAUGGGCUUGUGGGAAGCUCGGAUUGGAGGACUGUUCUCCGUACAGCGUAGUCGAGCUGCUGGACUCGGACACCAUUUCUGGGAGUCUGCAGGGAAAGUCACUGCAAACAUCCUCGGUGUGAAUGGAGAUCAUCCGAGAUUUUCUCCACUGGUUACA